UGGCCCUGUGGUUUUAUGCUUAUGUAGUUUGUGUUUUUUGUCAGAGUUAAUCCUGCUCUUGGGGCCUAAGGGCCACAGCUGCUGAGAUUGUCCCCUUUUCUCUGUGGGCACAUGGGAUUUGCCCAUCUGUGAGGGCUGUGAAGCUGCCUGAUGCUGGGGACUGUUCGGCAGGGACAGCUCGGGUGCUGUGGCUGCCUCUGGACCAGUGGAUGUGUGUGGCUCCUGGCCCCCCUGUUCAGAGCUGGGGACCAGGGAAGGCCACUGCCCCGUGUGGUGGCCGUGGUGCCGGUGUCACCUCUGUUUUGCACGUGAAGUGCACGUUUCCUGCAGUGCCUGUGGACCUGCAGCCCACAGAGAUGUCAGUCCUGCUGUUUGUACCCCUGGCCCUUCCCCUCCCGUGCACUCACAGUGCCUCCAGCCCCAGCACUCUCAGGGCUGCCUUUCCCCCAGAAAGCUGCUGUUUGGGAAGGCCCUUCUCAGAGCACCCUGCUGACCCCUGCUCUGGUGCUGGGACCCCAGCAGCAGCCCCAGUGACCCCAGCAGCAGCCCCAGUGACCCCAGCACCAUGGGGAAAGCAGCAGCAUCCACUGGGUUUUGUGCAUCUCUGGCCAGGUACCAGCAUGAGCUUGCAGCAUUGACCACCCCUGAGCUGGAAGGCUGUCUCCUGCCUGACAGUCAGGUCAGCAGCCCUCUGCACACAGGUUUGGCAUUGCCAGGGUGGUGGAGAUCAGGAGAUCCCCACGCAGGGACUAUCCCGGGGGAGUGUGGCAGCCCCUCAGGGCCACCCUGGGAGGAGUCAGCUCAGAGCCCCUGGGGUCCCCCCAAGGCUUUCCCAUGGGUGGAUGCCCACGGGGGACAGAGUUUAAGUUUGCUCCACAACAAAGCCUUAUCAGCAACCUUUAGCCGUGUUUGCUCAGACCCUCCGGCCAUUGGGCAGCCAGGCCCGACCCCCAGGACAAGGUACUGCUGCUGGCUCAGCACAUGCUGCCAGUGGGGUGGCCAGGCCAGAGCACAGCCAGUGUCCAGCAAUGCAGGCCAGCGGUGACACCGAGGAGCCCCCGCUGCCUCUGGCACUGAGCAGGUUUCAGGUCUCCGAGGAGUUUGGCUUCCUGCUUCCCGACCCUCUGGUAGGAGCUGGCUGUGCCUCCCCGUCCGCAUGCCGCAGGGAAAUAGAGGGGUUGACAGAGCUGCCAGCACCCUACGGCCCCUGGAUGGACAUCGCCCGUGAGCUGCCCCAGCUGAUCGCGAGCCAUCAGCUCCGCUCACGCGUUCGCCAGGGCAGCCCAUCCACAACAGGGGCCUUGGCACUGGCUGGCUCUGCUCCUUGCUCCCAAGGGUUUCCCUGGCAGAUGCCGCAGCUGAGCUGCCAGCACCUCCGAGGACGUGAGGAGCUGCACUUGGCACACCUGGUGCUCAGCUUCAUCACCAUGGGCUACGUCUGGCAGGAGGGAGAGGAGGGCACCGUGCAGGUCCUGCCCCGAAAUCUCGCUGUCCCCUACUGGGAGGUGUCACAGGCCCUGGGGCUCCCGCCCAUCCUCAGCCACGCAGACUUUGUGUUGGCCAACUGGAGGAGGAAGGACCCCAACGGGCCUCUGGAAAUUGAGAACCUGGACACGAUCAUUACCCUGCCUGGUGGAGAGAGCCUGCAGGGCUUCAUCCUUGUCACCUUGCUUGUUGAGAAGGCAGCUGUGCCUGGCAUUAGGGCAAUCAGCCAGGCCCUUGGUGCCGUCCUGCAGUGCGAUGAGGACACCCUGCACAGAGCCCUGGAGGAGCUGGCAGGGGCCAUCACGGCCAUGAGAGAGGCGCUGAGGCAGAUGCAUGACCAUGUGGAUCCAGAAGUGUUCUACUCUGAGAUCCGGAUCUUCCUCUCUGGCUGGAAGGACAACCCUGCCAUGCCGCACGGGCUCAUCUACGAGGGGGUGUCCCCACAGCCCUUGGCGUACUCGGGGGGCAGCGCGGCGCAGAGCUCGGUCCUGCACGCCUUCGAUGAGCUCCUGGGGAUCUGCCACCGCCACGACAGCGCUGCCUUCCUGCACAGGAUGAGGGACUACAUGCCCCCGCCCCACAGAGCGUUUGUGGAGGAGAUCCGGGGUGCCGUGUCCCUGAAGCAGCAUGUGCUGUCCUCGGGGGAUGCGCGGCUCCGAGCCGCCUUCAAUCGCUGCGUGUCUGCGCUCACAGACUUCAGGUCCUACCACAUCAGCAUCGUCACCAAGUACAUCGCCACCGCUGCGGCCAAAGCCAGGGCCAGGCGGGCACAGCCGAGCGCCAGCGCCCGCCCCGCCGUGGGAAAGCCCCCGUCUGCCCUGGAGGAUAAAGGAACCGGCGGGUCCCACAUCUUCAGCUUCCUGAAGAGCAUCAGGGACACCACCAGGGAGGGGAUGAUAAGUGCCUGACCUAGCCCGAGGGUUGCCCAAAGCGGGGCGCAGGAGGCCAAGGGGCUUUUGGUGUCUGAUCCAAGAUCCAAAACCUCGCAUCAGCAUCGGCCAUCCCACCCUGUGCACGUCUGGGACAUGAGGGAUGCUGAGAGAGAGCGCUGCUGCCUCCCCCAGCAGGCACUCAGCGAGCUCAGCAUCCUCCCCUGGCACCGGCAUGGGCACAGUGUCCUCCCGUGGAACUGGCGUUCACACAUCGCCCCCGGCUCCCAGGGGAGAGCUGUUCCCUUCCAGCCCCGCUUCUUCCCCGCUCCGCCCCGGGCGGGGGCCGCAGCUCCGGUCCACACGGGUGGGUUACACGGACGAAUAAAGCGGCGAUUCCCGACCCAGUCCGCAGGCAGGGCCGGUGUCCGCCACGAACUCGCAGCUUCUCCAUCACCAGGGGAGUCCAACACACACCACCUCUCCCGUCGUGAAAGCGACGCUGAAGCCGCUCAAACCCAGCCGCGAGGGGAGUGUGGAUGAAAGAGAGCCAAGCUGUGGGACACAUGCAGGGUGUCCAGGAGGCUGCUGUUCAUGGGAAGAGGCUGUACCGAGGCACAGGGGCUGCUCCCCAGGGCCAACUCCAUUGCCCCUCCUGGUUCAUGAAGGGCUCAGGCUCGUAGGGGCAAAGCUGCAACACUGGUGGUCACACGGGCUUCACUUUAAGUCUCAGUGAUAAUACAGUGUUGUAGUAAGGGACAUGGGGACACAUGGCUUCCCCAAGGGGCCAGCACAGGAAAAAUACUUCUGACAAAGCCCUGAUCCUCACUCGGUACCGGCAGCAGAAUGCCACCCAGCCUGGAGCCAGGGUCAUCCCAGUACAGAGGCUGCUCUGACACAGAGCCGUGAGCAGCCCCUGUGCUGCUCCUGCCUGGCACUGCCUGGCCCAAGGCUGCAGGAACAGCUCCCCUCUCACCACCCAGCUGGGCUGAGUGGGCAGAGCCUUGCAGCAGGAGCGGUGCUAAAGAGUUUUUUAUAACCCCAGGUGCCCAUGUUGCCAUUUUCUAGCAAGUCAGCGCGCUCAGAUUCCUUGGAAUUUGCACCUUUAGGGAAAUCAGGCCAUAUGGCUCUGUUUUGCCUCCCCAGGUUUUGCUGGCACAGACAGCAGAAGCAAGAUUCACACCCAGUCAGUGUCUUGGUGCAAAAAUAGCACUGGCCCCUUCUUACUACCAGAAGAGAGUCAAGGUCCUUUGAAAUGAGAUGUUGUUCCCAUAACAGCAAAAACAAGCCCAGCACACUGUAGCUUGAAUUAUUAAACUCUUGCUAAAUUGUA